AUGGUCUCCGUCGGGACCAACACUGACCUCAAAGGGCUUGUUCACUGCCAUUUGCCAAAGUUAUCACACAAACAUGGGAUGAUUCCAACGCAUUACGUGAUGCCCUGGAAAGAAGACAUGAAGAACAGGAAAUUCACUUUAAAGCAUGCAGAGGUUGUUGGGGUAUAUACUGGUGCCACAGAAGAUAGUCUGUUUUUGGAGCACAGAGAAAGACUUUGCCAUGGAGAAGAAAGAAAACACAUACGGGAGAAAAUUCCUCAGGAAAUAAUGAUUGCAGAUAUUCCCAUAUAUUCUCAUCUCUCCAGAUACCAGAAGUCUGUGAUUGCUCAUGCAUGGAGGAUGAAACUCUGA